GGGAGUGCCGUACGAUCCUUCCCGAAAUGUUCUGACGUCCCCAUCGCGCCAUCUUCGUAAGCGGACGAGCAGUGGACGUUGAAUGAAAACCAGUGCCUUUUGAAAGAAACGCCUGCUGCAUGGAGUGAAAACAUUGCUUUUUCCAGGUUGGUUCUGCAGCGCCAGUCAUCAUGGGGAUCAAGGUUCAGCGUUCUCGGUGCUUCCUUGACAUCGGAAUUGGAAACGCACUAGUCGGUCGAAUCGUGGUGGAGUUGUUUACAGACAUCUGUCCCAAAACAUGUGAAAACUUCCGAUGCCUUUGCACUGGUGAGAGAGGAGUUGGUAAAGGAACCCAGAAACCUCUCCAUUACAAAGGAUGCCUGUUCCAUCGCAUUGUGAAAGACUUCAUGAUUCAAGGAGGGGACUUCAGUGAAGGCAAUGGAAGAGGAGGUGAAUCCAUCUAUGGAGGUUUUUUUGAAGAUGAAAGCUUUGCUGUGAAACAUAACAAGGACUACUUGCUGUCUAUGGCCAAUAGAGGAAAAGAUACAAAUGGAUCACAGUUUUUCAUAACAACAAAACCAACUCCCCAUUUGGAUGGGGUCCAUGUGGUUUUUGGUCAUGUGAUUUCUGGACAAGAGGUCGUACAAACUAUGGAAAGUGAGAAAACGGAUCCUAACAGCAAACCAUAUGCUGAAAUCAAGGUCUUGAAUUGUGGCGAACUCGUCCCCAAAUCAAAAGCAAAGAAACGUGACAAGAAGAAAGAGCGAGCUUCGUCAAGUUCCGGCAGUAGUUCCAGUGACUCUAACAGUGCCUCGGAAUCCUCCUCUGACUCUGAAGAAUCUGACAAAAAGUCAAAGAAGCAGAAAAAGAAAGCCAAAAAGCAAAAGAAGAAACAGAAGAGGGACAAGAAUUCCGAGCCUGAAAUUGUCGAAGAGAAAGAACAAGAAGAGGUGGUCAUGUCCACCGUGCGUCCUGAAGAAAUACCUCCCAUCCCUGAGAACCGGUUCCUGAUGAGAAUCUCACCAGUUGAGAAAAAAAAAGAGGAGCCUGAGAAGGACAAGGAAAGUAAAGACGAACGGCCUAGAGACAGAUCUGGUGCAAAAAACAAUGCUCAGUCUUCGUAUAACAGAAGAUUGGUAAUGACACGAUCCGGCAGGAAGAUCAAAGGCAGGGGCCCCAGGAGAUACAGAACUCCUUCACGUUCUCGUUCAAGAUCCAGAGAUCGCUUUCGCCGUAGCGAAACUCCUCCCCACUGGCGUCUGGAGUUGCAGCGUCAGAGAAUGAGGGCAGUCACUGUGGAGCGUUGGAUUAAGGGAGAUAGAGGUGACAUGAGUGAAGACAAGGAGGAGGCUGCUAAACCUCAAAGGAGAGAGCGACGGACAUCCAGUUCAAAGCGUGAGCACGCGGAUGAGGGUAAAAAAGACAAGAAGACUCGAUCGCAGAGAUCAAAAAGCAAGGAAGACUCAGGGGAGAAAGGUGAGAAGCAAAGCACGCAGAAGGAAAAAAAAAGGGCCAAAUCUAAAAGCCGCAGUAAAAGUAGAGAAAAAAGUCGACGGUCAAAAAGCAGAGAUAAGAGGAGACGAUCCAAAAGCAAAGAGAAGAAUCACAAGAAUAGAAGUAGUGACAAGAAAGAUCGCUCAAGGAGCAGAGACCGCAAUGUGAACAAGAAAGAAAAGGAGAAGGAAAAUGAUCACGACAGAGAGAAAAACAAGGAACAAGAUUCUGACAAUAAGAAGAAAGAGGAUUCCAAAACAAGCAAUGGCGAGAAAACACAGACAAAGUCGCAAAGCAAAGACAGAAGUUCCAAGGACCGACACAGAUCAAGCAGCAGAAACCGAGACAAAGGCGGACAUGCCACCUCCAAGGAUAAAGAGGAGAAACGGGAUAAAGACCGAGAGAGGGGCAGGGAACGCAGCAGGAGUGCGCACAGGCGUCAUGGCGACGAAAAGGACGACAGAAGACGGAGAACGCGUAGUCGGGAGCGCAGGAAAAGUCCAGGCAGAAGCAAGGCCAGAGAUUCGUACAGAAGCAGACGCUCGAGAAGCAAGAGCAGCCGGAGAGGGCGCAGCAGAGAUCGCAAGGACAGCCAGAGGAGACGACGACGCAGCAGUAGCAGCAGCAGCAGCAGCAGUAGCUCUGACAGCGAUAGAGAAGACCGACGCAAACGUCGCAAAAGCCCUGAUUCCAAACGGAGAAGAUCUAAAAGCACCUCCAAAGACAGGAAAAGAGCGGACACGACAAAAGGCAAAAGCGACAAGAAGAAGAAUCGCUCAAGCUCCAGUUCGAGCUCUGAUCGCAACUGAAUCCGUCCCGAAAAUAGGUCGGCAUUUUUCUCCUGGAUAUAUGUAUAUUCUGCUCAGUACGCAUCCAGCACGCAACUCCGUCUUUCAACAAAGAGCCCCACAUCUUGAUAUUCCUCACUCAGUGAAACAACGCCACAGUUUGUCCGUAAUGCCACCUUUCAUUCCCUAAGAGUAAACAAGAGGCUUCACUAGAAAACUGCAAUGCUGGAAGAGGGAGCGAUUAAGCUGAAGGAUUUGGUUUUAGCACUGAGCAAGGGCAGUUUUUGUGUAGCCGACUGAUGAAGCUGAAGAGUAAAAACCAGCGCCCCCAUAUGUCAAAAUCUGUGACCCUAGUUUGAUUACAGCCAAUUAAAGAUUUUACUGUAAGACACUUCUUUUUCUACUGAAUUUUGUUUUGUUAUUUAACAUCAUUUUUCAGGUGGCAAAUCUGAUUUAAAAAAUAUUUUCAUAUUUUUUGCAUGGCUAUUUCAGAUCUAGAGGUCUUCACCUGUGAAGUUUUAAAUGACUUCUCCUUGUCUCUGUAUUCUUGUCAACUUAUUUGCUUUUUGAAAUGGAGGAAACUGUAAUGUCAACAUAAAGUCAACUUGUAUGAAAUGUUCAUUGUGCAAGUUGGGGUUUAGGGUUUCACCUCUGUGUAGAAUGGAAUUAAAAUACAGCAUUUUGAUUUUAAAAUACUG